AUGCUCUUAUCAAUGGAAAAUGAAUUAUCACAUUUCAAAAGAAGAAGACAAAAGAAGGAACCAUUUGAUUGCUCUGAAUACGGAAAUGGAUCGUGCCCAGAAAAUGAAAGGCCACUAGCUAUCCGAGCUGCAAUGUAUUCCUUUAUGUCAGGAGCCAUAUUCAUCACAGUAUUUGGUAAUCUUGCCAUGAUAAUUUCCAUUUCCUCCUUUAGAAAGCUUCACACACCAACCAACUUCCUCAUCCUCUCCAUGGCAGUCACUGAUUCCCUCCUGGGAUUCACCAUCAUGCCAUAUAGUAUGAUCAGAUCAGUGGAGAACUGCUGGUAUUUUGGGCUUACAUUUUGCAAGAUUCAUUACAGUGUUGACCUGAUGCUUAGUGUCACCUCCAUUUUCCACCUUUGCUCAGUGGCCAUUGAUCGAUUUUAUGCUAUCUGUUACCCUUUACACUAUUCCACCAAAAUGACAAUCCCAGUCAUUAAACAGUUGCUGCUUCUCUGCUGGUCAGUCCCUGGAGCCUUUGCUUUUGGGGUGGUCUUUUCCGAGGCCUAUGCUGAUGGGAUCGAAGGGUACGAUAUCUUGGUCGCUUGUUCCAGUUCCUGCCCCGUCAUGUUCAAUAAGCUGUGGGGGAUCACCUUGUUUAUGGCAGGUUUCUUCCUGCCUGGCUCUGUGAUGGUGGGGAUUUAUGGCAAAAUUUUUGCUGUAUCCAGAAAGCACUCUCGUGCAAUCAGUAACUUGCCAGAAAAUCAAAAUAAUCUAAUGAGGAAAGACAAAAAAGCAGCCAAAACUUUAGGAAUAGUGAUGGGUGUUUUCUUGGUGUGUUGGUUUCCCUGUUUUUUCACUAUUCUGCUAGAUCCCUUUUUGAACUUCUCUACACCUGCAGUUCUGUUUGAUGCUUUGACAUGGUUUGGCUAUUUUAACUCCACUUGUAAUCCCUUAAUUUAUGGUUUCUUCUACCCCUGGUUUCGCAGAGCGCUUAAGUACAUUUUGUUAGGCAAAAUUUUCAGCUCAUGUUUCCAUAAUACUAAUUUGUUUACUCAAAAAGAAACCAAAUAG